AGGUUGAUAAAUCAUAAUAAUCAAGAUUUAUGUAUUGGCAAAGUGCAAAACCCUGUUCUGUUACUUACAAGGUACAUGGAGUCUGUCAGGCUGCGGCCGCUCAAGUCUGUUCAGCAGUGGGGAGAAGCACCAUGUAACGCUCCACUGACAAGAUGCAAACCAGGCUGACCCCUGAAAUCUCGAAAGCAAGCAAUGAAAUGAUAAGAUUUAUUCAACACCGCCAGUAUCCGUAACAUUAACUAGCUCUAAUGUCUCCAACAGGUGCAAUCGAUUACAAUUGUGGCAGUCAGCACAGACGAUAAGAAAAGGGAUUUAUGUUCACGACAUUGUUUUAACAAAAGCGCAGAUCUUGCUAGCUUUACGCACGUCAACCCCGGUGAUUUGAGAGUGGAUAGUAAGCUCUCCGGUUGUAUUCAGUCACAUCCCUGUGGAGUUGCCGUGACAUACGCCACAAGAAGACUGGCAAAAGAAUAUACUAAUAACUGAGAUGUCUUACAAAAUGAGGACAUCCUGACUGUCGUAGCAGAUGUGAAAGUCACAGUUUAAAGACGAUGCUGUAUUAUAAGUUUCAAUCAUGACUUUGCGACAAGAAACACAGUUGGUUUUUUACUUGACGGUGCUUACGGCAUUUCAUACAACCGUGGCAAUGGACUGCUACGUGUGCAGAGACUGUGACAAUGACGCUGCAAUAAUAGCAGCACAAGAAGGUUGCCUCAAGUGCCAAAAAAGCCUGAAACAAGGUAUCGUUUACAAGCGCUGCGUCACAGCGAUGGGAGAGGCGUACUUGAGGACGCUUGGCAUAGACACCGGCCCCGGUUGUCGAGGAGUGUCGCAUAAUGGUGGGGUGACAGAAGAGCUGGACAUUUGCUUUUGCGAGAAUGCAGACAUGUGUAACAGUGCUGUAAAACAAGCAUAUUUCGGUGCCUCACAAUUUAUCUUUGUUUUUGUCCCUUGGAUGGUGAGACGCGUCUGGCUGCAGUAGCAAACAUUCGUGUAUAUAAAUUCUUGUACCAGGUUUUGAGUCAGUAAUUAUUCAACGUGAGCACACGUUGACGCGAGUCCUUGUUUCAGUAAAACAUUUUUGAUUUUUAUUCUAGAUGUAAACGAGAUAGUCAUAUGUUGGAACAAUAUUGUGUUACGUCGCAAUAGUCUUUAUUUAUUAUUUAGACUAUAUUAUGUGUAUGGAACAAAGGCAAGGAACCAUAUGUACAGCACUUUCUGACUUCUGGCCACAGGCCUGCGUCGUCAAAUAUUUGACCAUUCAAUGAUUUAACUGGAGACAAAACUACGAAGAUGGAAAAAUAUCACGAUUUCUAACUCAGAAACCCUUUUUGUAUAUGGCUCCAAGGUCUUUGCAUUCUUAGGCCAGGACUAACAUUUUGGCUCGUACUUGACACGAAUUUUUUAUAGUAUUGAAAUCAACAUACAACGAACGUUAGCUUAGUUGUUUGGUUAUAUGUUACUUUACCCUUUUCAGCCGAGUUUUAAACGGGCUUGAAUAAAAAAAGAACGCAUUAGCAACAUGGAAAAGGCAUUUCCAGUAACUUUUACGACCCUCUUUACAAGCCAAGUCCAAAUUAAAGUUUCAGUU